GCCUCACUUCUGCAGGCGCGAGGCGGUCGAGGCGGCGGCGAGCUCAGGGCACGGCCAUGGGGCAGGCAGUGACGCGCCGCCUCCAAGCCCGAGCCCGCGCAGCGAGCUGCAGCGCGAUGGACCGUAGCGCUCCGGAUCCCGGACCCCGCAGCGCGCCCCGCACCCCAGCCCCGCAACCCACGGGCUCCGUCGGGAGGAAACCAAAAGCGAAGGCACCUCUUCCUCCUGCUGAGACGAAGGGCAUGGGUGUUUCUUCUUCUGAGGAGCCUGGAGAAUCAACUGCUGUCAUCCCGGAACGAAAUGAAAAUAUGGUGGAUAAAGACAUUGACCUUUCGGUGGUCCUGCCUGGAGACAUUCUCAAAUCGACUACUGUUCCUGGCAGUAAGCCAAUGAUGGACUUGCUCGUGUUCCUCUGCGCACAGUAUCACUUAAAUCCGUCAAGCCACACAAUUGACUUACUGUCUGCCGAAGAGAAUCUCAUCAAAUAUAAGCCAAACACACCAAUAGGAAUGCUGGAGGUAGAGAAGGUCAUUUUAAAGCCAAAAUCUCUGGACAAGAAGAAGCCUACACCGAUAAUCCCAGAGAAAACUGUCCGAGUAGUGAUCAACUUUAAGAAAACCCAGAAGACCAUAGUGAGAGUUAGUCCUCAUGCACCACUGCAAGAUCUUGCUCCCAUUAUAUGCAGUAAAUGUGAGUUUGAUCCCUUGCAUACAGUGUUGCUGAAGGACUACCAGGCUCAGGAGCCCCUGGACUUGACGAAAUCUCUUAAUGACUUGGGACUAAGAGAGUUAUAUGCCAUGGAUAUCAGCAGAGCCCCCUCUGUCACUGCCUUCCGUAAGUCAUCUCUCCAAGAGUCCUGCCAAGUAUUGCAGACCCCAGACAUUGUGAAGGAGAAAGAAAACAGAGGGAUUUUCAGCUUUUUCCAGCGCAGUAAGAAAAAGCGGGAGCAGACUGCCAGCGCACCUGCGACCCCGCUAGUGAGCAAGCAUCGUCCGUCUUUUACAAGGUCCAACACCAUUUCCAAACCCUACAUUUCCAACACACUACCCUCGGACGCACCCAAGAAGAGGCGUGCCCCACUGCCCCCCAUGCCCACGUCGCAGGGCGCUGUUCAAGGCCAGGAGAGGCGAGCUUCGUGCGUGGUGAGAUCCACAAGCGUGGACGACGCUGACAAGAGUUCCACGGACGGGGUCAUGGUGAGGACAGGGUCCCUGCAGCUCAGUAGUUCGUCAGGAACUUUGUCUCUGAAAAGAACAAAGCGAAAAGCACCCGCCCCACCUUCGAAAACACCCCUGCAGAACGAUAACAGCAGCCUUGCGUCCGAUAAUGCCCUGCUUUCAGAAGAUGGAGUUGCUCCGGACAGCGCUUUGGAAGCAGACUCUCCUGAGGUGUUGUCCAGCCCAGAUGGCUCCCCUGGCCCCCGGUUCCUAAGCCAGGAGCAGUGUACUGUGCCCAAGCCGGCGGAUGAACUCUCGCUCUCUGAGGGCCCUGGAACUCCAGAGGCAGCUGUAGCAUCUUUGACGUCUGGCGUAAGCUCUGAUUAUAGUCUUGAAGAGAUAGAUGAAAAGGAAGAACUGGGUGAGUCAUCCAAAGAUCAGGCCGGAAGUAGUUCUGUGAAAUCGCCUGACAUCCCUUCGGAAUCUACUGAUAGAAUAAAUGCGUUGGAGAAUGAGCCUGACUCAGCCCUCAGCCUUAGCGAUGGAGAGGCCUCUCCAAGCUCCAAGGGACAAAGCCAAGAAGGCAGAAAGACAGAGGGAAAAGGGCCAAAUAAUCCUGUCAUAUAUGAUAUGAACAAUGAAGACACAGUAUCUGACCGUAUUAGAGACUUGAAGACAUUGGAACCAAACCAAGAACACGUUCAAAAUGAAAUUACGGUCUGUGCCACAAACACAGAUUAUAUGAAAGACAGACUGAGGGAAACAGAAACCGCAAUAGAAGGCAAAGCCCCAAAGAAAGCCGUGGAUAUGGAAACUAGUGGACUCCCAGGCUCUCCUGUGUGUAGAACGGAUCAUACUGCACCAUCAGGACCUGAUCCAAAAAUGAAUCAACCAGAUGUAGAAAAGACAAAAAUGCAAGAUGCAGCAAUUCAGGCCACCCCUGCCUGCAGCAGUUUUGAUGGGAAUCAUGCAGACCAUAAUUCGUCUGACCUCAAGGUUGACGAGAGUGUGCAGACUUCAACUAGCAGCAGAUCGUCCUCGAGUCUCCAAGAUCCUGUAAAUGCCUCAAAGGCAUCCAGGAGUCCCAGCACCCCAACACAUGUCCAAGAUAGACUCCCCAUGAAAGAGCCAGCUUGUGUGUCUGGGAACGACGGCCCUCUGUCUCCUGUAGAUGGAAGUGACAAGAUUCCAGCUGCUCUUUACCAAAAGAAUUCUCCACUUUACAGACAGGACUACAGCCCCAAGCCAAAACCGUCAAAUGAAAUUACGAGAGAGUAUAUCCCUAAAAUUGGAAUGACGACAUACAAAAUAGUGCCUCCCAAAUCCCUGGAGAUAGUGAAAGCCUGGGAAUCAGAAACACUGGAGGAUAAAGAUGGCCAAAAGAUGCAUGCUGUAGAGCAGAAACAUGUGCUUGAGAAUACCAAAGAAACAGCCAUGCAAACAGAAGCCCUUGCUACUCCCAGAGGCUCCCAGGAGCCUCAGUCUGACCUUAAACCAAAGCCCAGCCCGGGCACAGAGCGCCCUUCGCAGAGGACUCUGAGCUCACCUACUGGUGCCGAGAACCCCCCGAAACCUCCCAGGGUGACUAUGGACACUGGCGGCGUUCCGUUUGCACCAAAUUUGGAAGACAUAAACAAUAUUCUGGAGUCAAAAUUUCGAGCCCGAGCUUCAAAUCCCCAGGCCAAACCAAGUUCGUUUUUUUUGCAGAUGCAGAAGAGAGCAUCAGGCCACUAUGUGACUUCUGCAGCUGCUAAGAGUGUCCACACGGCCCCCGGGCCUACCCCCAAAGAAUCAGCAACCAGUGAGGUGCAGAGAGACUCACGGCCCGCUCCAGAGCAAAUUCUUUCUCCCUUAAGUGAAAGGACUCAUUCUGCUCCGCUGUCCAAUAUUUCAAAACCUGAUGGAAUCAUCCAGAAGCCUGCUGAGAUAUCUCUUCCUCCUGUAGCUCCCAAGCCUGUGGCUCUUCCUCCUGAGAUCUCUCCCCCGCCUGUAGCCCCCAAACCUGUGGCUCUUCCUCCUGAGAUCUCUCCUCCCUCUGUAACCCCCAAACCUGUGGCUCUUCCUCCUGAGACAUCUCCCCCUGUAGCCCCCAAACCUGUGGCUCUUCCUCCUGAGACCUCUCUUCCUCCUGUAGCCCCCAAGCCUGUGGCUCUUCCUCCUGAGACCUCUCUUCCUCCUGUAGCCCCCAAGCCUGUAGCUCUUCCUGGUGGUCAGGGAACAUCACUAAACCUGAAGACCUUGAAAACUUUUGGGGCCCCACGACCCUACUCCAGCUCUGGCCCCUCACCCUUUGCCCUUGCUGUGGUGAAGCGGUCACAGUCGUUCAGUAAAGUGCGUCCUGAGUCACCCAGUGAGGACUGCUCUGCCCAGCCUGCAGCUAACAGGGAGGGUGAAAAGACACACACAGUAAAUACACCUGCGGUGGUUCCCCAACAUGAUGAUGUCGAGAAGAAAAAUAAACCCGUACAGAAUGAACAGAGUUCUCAAAUGCUGACUCCAGCUGAUGGCACAUCGUUCACCCUUAAGAGGCAGAGUUCUCUAACAUUCCAAAGCUCUGACCCGGAGCAGGUUCGGCAGAGCUUGCUGACCGCAAUCCGUUCUGGAGAGGCUGCCUCCAAGUUAAAGAGAGUUACUGUUCCGUCCAAUACAAUAGCUGUGAAUGGCAAGUCAGGACUCAGCCAUGCCGUGUCCUCUGAUGCCCAGGACAGUCGCUAACAUUACCUGCUGUGACACACUUAACUGACUAACCUUCUGCGUACAAGGGAUAUCGGAAGAUGUAUAUUCAGAUGUACAUUAAUAUAUAAAUCUGUUCAAGGAAAAGCAUUUGUGUUAUGGAUUUAAUGCCAAAAGAAACAUGGCUAGAAUUUAUAAUUUAUAAUAAUGUUUGGUCUUAUUUGUCAUAACUAAGUAGUGCUGCUUUAGAAACUAAACAAGGUGUAAAUGACUUGAGUUUUUUUUUCCCCACCUGAAUAAUCACAGCUUAGUGAUUUUUUUCUUUUAUUUAUGGACAUACUGUGUACCAUGAAACAAAGGUGUAAAUUGAGAUUUAUGGACAUAUUAUAUGACAGGGAAACAGGCAAGCACAGACUAACAUUUACUGCCUCAGCAUUAGGCUGUAAUUGGAAACAUAAAUUAUAAUAAAGCCUUUUUGGCUGAAAGAUAUCGAAAACUAGUAAAUCAAAUAAAUAAUAUUCAGUUAUUUUUAUUGAAGAACCACUUCAUGUGAGACUUAUUUUGUGCAUUCUUUAAUUACAAGUGAGUGCCAGAUCUAUAGGAAAUAAUAUUACUUUUUAAAUAUAUCACUUUAACCUUUAGUAGUUAAAUUACACAAGGAGAUUCUAAGAUGCUUUCUGUAUAUAAUUAUGAUGGUGUUGCACAGAUAUUACAUAUUUUCUAAUGCCAGAAGUCUUAAAAUAUUCCUAUGAAAAUGUUGAUAUAUUAUGGCAGGUAUUUCCCAUUUGGUAUAUAGGGAGAACAGGGGCUAGUUUAUGUCCAUAUUCAAAACUUUAAAGACUAGUUAGAAGUUUACAAAAUGUUGAUUUAAUUAAAAUAAAAUGCUGUAUUAGUCAUUUAUGAAACUCAGAUGCUAAUUGUCUAAAUAAUAAUAUAUAUUUUCCUGAAAGCCAAACUGGUUAAGGGGAACAAUACUUGUUGUGUACUUGGCUUAUAGUGAUCCUAGAGUCUAGAACAUGUUGGUGUUCUGAAUUUCCUUAAAAAUUUAAUUGCUCAUUUAUUCCAGACACUGUUCAAACAGCCUGACACUGUUUUGAAUCUUACUAAAGAUACUGGUGUAUCUGCUAUUUGGACAAAUAUGAAUUCUUUUUCCAGUUAAUAAAAGC